CCUUCAUGCUCGAAAGCCAGGAGCAGUGCGCAGAGGAAACUUUCCCUUCACCAAGCGUGCGCUCUGAAACCGCAGCUUUCAAAACACUCUGACUUUUCUAUUUGGAUUAUUGUCACUGGGGAAACAAAAUAUUAAUUGCAUAUUUUGGAAGCCGGACUUAAUUGUCAGCACUCCUGAUCUUGAUCUUGACAACUGCAUUUCAACUGUAGUUUCCGGAUCUUACUGCUGCGGCGUCAGUUUGGAGGAGCGGAGUGAUCGGAUUUUUCCAUUCCUAGUAUUUUACCUUAAGAACAUUUAUUUCCCUGACCGUACACUGUUUUUUUCUCGAACUGCUUUUCUCCAGGAUGAAAACACGCCCGUAAGCAGAAGAAGUCUGGUCAGCAGUGUGUUGCGCGACUCCGUGGGCCCGCGGCGUGGAGCUGCGUGUGUGUGUGUGUGAGGGGCACUCAAACUGCGGGUGGUGUGGUGCUCCCAGGCUGACGAGGCUGCGUGCUUAGAGAGCGCUCGAGACGGCAGCCCCACUUUAGCACGGCCACCUCCUGAUGAUGACAGUAAACAUGGAAUACAGUCUCCAAAAUGGGCCCGGACAACACAGGAAUGCACAAGAUGAGGAGGAGGCUCUCAACUCCAUCAUGAAGGAUCUGGCAGCACUGCGCUGCUACCAGCUUGGUAGCAACAACAGCCACAAGCCCAAGAUCAGGACUCCCAGCUACAGACAGGACCUCCGAGUGAAGCUGGAGCAUGAAAGAGAGAAGCGGAUCAUACUCUUCCAGAGGCCGCUGAAGUUCAGAGAGCUUGUGCAGAAAGUGAUGGAGGCUUUUGGACAGCAGAUGGACUUGUACUACAUAGACAAAGAGACUUUGGUAGCUCUGAAGUGUCAGGAGGACUUGGAUCGAGCAAUCCUGUGUUUAAGUUCCAGUUCAGGAUCAAACAGUUUGCUGAGAGUCCUGCUGAAAAACCCUGCAAACACCCUGUUUUUGCAGGUGAACAGCAGGGACAAACAGAGUGAGAUGAGGUCAUCCAAGUCUCUAGGAGAUCUGAAGGGCUCCCUGCUCAAAGGCUCCGAGCGUGUGCGCAAGCACUCUACAGGCUCUCUGCACACGGGCCGGAGCUCACCCCCUCCUGGCAGCGUGCCGGAGGAACAGCAGCAGAUUGCUCGGCAGGGCUCCUAUACCAGCAUCCACAGUGAGGGAGAGUUCAUCCCAGAGACCCUCGACCCCAGCAUAAUGGAGCCUUUCGGAAGUGCAGAUGGUUCCCUCUCUAACAGCUGUCAGUCUCUGGAGCAAGGUCUGGACAGUCCUCCAUUCUCAACGAGCAUCAGAGACAACAACUACCUGAACCUCAAUUAUGACUAUAAAGGCCGUCAUGUGAAGCACGGGACAUUUCCUCGGCAGUUUCACAUAUCCAGUCGUAGCAAAGACUACGGUGAUGGUCGGCGGACAUUCCCACGCAGCUUCAUGCCACAGGAGAAAAUCUUCCAGCUGGUCCCGUCGAGUCGCACACGCAGCUGUAAUGGAGACAGCACACUGCAGUACACCACAGACCUGCUCACCGUCGGCUGGACCGACAAAAGCAGUCAGCGCACCACGCCCAAGUCCCCGCGGGCACCGGUGAACUGGCGUCAGGGGAAGCUGUUGGGUCGUGGAGCUUUCGGUGAGGUCUACCUCUGCUAUGAUGCUGACACGGGCCGCGAACUGGCGGUCAAACAGGUGCCCUUUGACCCCGACUGCCAGGAGACCAGCAAGGAAGUAAAUGCUCUGGAAUGUGAGAUUCAGCUCCUGAAAAAUCUUCGUCACGAGCGCAUCGUCCAGUACUAUGGCUGCCUGCGUGAUCCUGAGCAGAGGAAGCUGUCCAUCUUUGUAGAGUUCAUGCCAGGGGGCUCUAUAAAAGACCAGCUGAAGGCAUAUGGAGCCCUUACUGAGAACGUGACACGUAGAUACACCAGACAAAUCCUGCAAGGAGUCUUCUAUCUCCACAGCAACAUGAUCGUUCACAGAGACAUCAAAGGGGCUAACAUACUGAGGGACUCCUCUGGCAACGUGAAGCUGGGAGACUUUGGAGCCAGCAAGCGCAUUCAGACCAUCUGCAUGUCAGGGACAGGCAUCAAAUCUGUCACUGGCACCCCCUACUGGAUGAGCCCAGAAGUCAUCAAUGGAGAGGGAUAUGGCCGCAAAGCAGAUGUCUGGAGUGUAGCUUGCACCGUUGUCGAGAUGCUUACUCAGAAGCCCCCAUGGGCUGAAUACGAAGCAAUGGCAGCCAUCUUUAAAAUCGCCACCCAGCCCACCAAGCCCAGCCUGCCAGACGGCGUGUCGGAUGCCUGCAGGGACUUCCUACGCCAGGUGUUUGUGGAGGAGAAAUGGCGGCCCACGGCUGAGGGGCUUCUCAGCCACCCUUUUGUGCAGGGCAGCUUCUGAAACACCCAAGGACCCUAGAGUCUCCAAGGGCCCCCCUCGCCCGGGGCCACACCACUCCUGCCCACUGACAGCUGCCACUCAGGGUCCAGGGGAGGCUGCCACCAACCCCAGCCCAAUCUGAACAAACUAGCCCCACAGAAGAGGCUGCAUAUCUCAGACCUCAUACACACACACACACACACACACACACACACCACUUUUAUUCCAUGAUACACUUUUUUUUGACUGCCACCAUAGGAACCUGUGGUCUGUAGAUGCGCCAGUACUGAUCUCACAUGCGCACACACCACACACACACACAGUUUGUUUGCAUUAUGUGCUCCCUGCAUAGAACACAUUUACACACAUAUUCACACAUGUGAUUCUGAUUGUCAUUAAAGAAACCCCAAAGCCAGAAUGUGCCAUUUUAUAUACAAUACAAUGGCUUUGAACUGGGCUUAACCUCAGAUGCCCUAAUCAGCUUGUUCCCUUUGUUUAAAGCCUAGUUCAUUCAGUGAAGUGAUACUACAGGUAUAGUCAAAACAUUUUCAAUGUGUGCCAUUCAUAUCGGGGUGACUUAAAAGCCAAACAAUAUGCAUUCUGGACAACGAAUGUAGGGGAAUUAUUUCUUCCAGUGGGAAAAGAAAUGUGUCUCUGUGUGCAUGAUUUUUAAUAUGUCCAAAACCCAUGGUCUCACCCUUUGGCAUUUGUUAGGAAAUAAUUGGAAUUUGAAUCCACAGCAAUGGCCUGCAGCUUUUGGAGCAAGCAGAUACUGUAAGAUACUCCGUUGAGUAAUUUUGUUAAGAUUACUGUGUUUGAUGGUUAGAAUCUAACCAGGUAAAAUGACACAGACCAGCACAUAUACAACCACCAAAGUGGUGAAUGUGUAAACCAGAGAAAUUUUGUGUGCAUUUCUUUGAGUCUGUAGGUGUCCUCAGAUAAUGAAGAUCGUGGAUGAAAAUGUUUUUUGUUUUUGGGGGUUUUUUAUAUAAUGUAAGGUUUAUAUAGAGAAGAUUGUUCUAUGAUGUUUCAAAGCACUCGUAUAUCAGCUGGCCGCUAUACAUUUGUCACAAUUCCAUUGCACUUUUUGACACGUGUAUCUGUACAAGUUCAAAAUGCAAGAUAAUCAA